AUGGCGCACCGCGACCCUGCCAGCACUGAUAUUGUCGACUAUUGCAUACGCGGCGAGUCUAACCACCUCUAUGAAGAACCAGAUGUCGACGAAGACAUCGUAUAUCGCAUUGUUCCCGGCGAUGCAGUGACGGACGAAGAACUGGACAUUUGCGCUGGCAACUUCUCUUCUAAUUACGGCGUGUGGAGUUGGAGAGCGCAUCUUGAAAUGGGGAUGAUGGCCGAGUACGGUAAGUCCUCCGGCAUGGUUGGAGUGCGCAUGUCGGCAGCCAAGGACCGUAUCGCUGACUCUGCCCUGGUCAUGCACUACGAUAUCGGCAGAUCUACCCAAAGAGAUCUUGUCGGAAUGGCAACCGUGAACCCCUAUAGUCUUUGCGCUAUUCUUCGCGUUUUUGGCCGCGGUAUCGAAGUACUGCCUUCGAAGCCUGAUUGGGAGAAAUGUCGCAUUCGCCACACGCCGCUGCUCAGUUCCGCAUGUGAGCCUAUAGUUGGCGCCGCACCAGUCAGCUACAUCCGCAAUGCCAAACUAUCGCAGGGGAAGUUGAUUGCGAAUACAAAAUUCUUUGUAGAUCACGCCACGUCCGAAGGAGCGAUGAAAAGGAUCCUACAUAGCAUGAACCAGCAGGUGUCUGGGCCGUGGGAGUGGCUAUUCGGCUGCUUGGAAACUGGGUACGAAUAUGUGUGUAUCCUUGAUUAUUCCUACGAUCAGGAAUACAAGAUGGAUCUGGCACUGUUCGACACGCCAUCGGUUCCUAAUGAGCCUGGUUCGGGAAAGCACGCUGCAAGCCCGUCAAAAGCGCUGUUUAGAGCAGCUUUUGGGAGCUCCAGGCCGCCUGAGCAGAGCCCAACCCCGGUUCGAUAUGCUGACAUCGAUCGAUACUUGCUCGAAGUGCCUGAGAGUUGCGUCCUUGAUCCGAACCUUAGCAAUCGUGCCCAUGCAUCCUUGCAUGGCAGUAUGAGCAAGCUUAUCUAUGAAGCCAAAGAGUUGAUUGCAAAGCAUUUGCGUGUAUUGCCCACCAUCAUGGGCGCAAAACAGAUACCAAGAGAUCUUCGAAGAGCCUAUCAGACGGCGAAUUUGAUCUUCCCGUUACCAGGACAGAUACAGACGUGGGGAGAUUUCGUGCCGUACGUAAAUGAGGUCUUCGAACACGGUAUCAACGCUGAAGCUCGCAUGUUGAUCCUGCAGGCGAUUCAUUUCCAGGAGCUCCGUGAGCUCGAUGAGAGGGAACAAAGAGAGAGGGCGAAGAAUGCCUCGGCAUUAGCCAAAGUGACCAGGUCAAAAGAGAAAAAAUGGUCGUUGAUGGAUACGAAGGAGAAGCCUGGGAUUGAACCGUUAGCAUACGCCGCAUACACCCUCAAAGACGAAAACGAGGGACUAUCCGCAAAACCACGAACGAAACGUCAGCUCACGCCCACAACGCCUACUAGAAAGCCUCUGGCUCCGAAGUCUCAAGGGCUGUUUGGAACAGCCAAGGCGACAGCAAAGACACCCACAUCCACUCCUAGAUCUCGAGCAACAUCAAUGUUCUCAUCCCUGAGUCCCUUCCGAAGAUCGAAGAGAUCAAAGUCUCGAUCCUGGAAUUCUAGCAUGGCGAUGCAGGCACACAGCCCUACACCAGCCACACCCGAGACGGCACCUAAACAUAAGUCCAGUCCAAUCGCCCAGCCCACCGUCUGGACGCCGGCUUCUGUGGCUGUCAAAACACCCAUCUCCAUAGCUUUUGUUCCUCAAGGACAAGGUGAGAUACAUACCGCGACAACACCACCCACGACUCCACCAUCCGCUGAAUCGCAGCCGGGUCUUCCACACUACAUGACCCCAACCGUGGGCUCAAUGCAACGGUACGAGACCUGCAGUCCUCAGCUUUUCUAUGACGAUGAGUCUGAUGGGUGCAGCAAGUCGAAUGUCUUUGGCCGGUUUUCUCUGAAGAAUGGCGCGAAGACGUUGGAUCGGACGCAGGGUAUGAGGGGAUGA